AUGGCUCGCUGGAAAAAGCGUGGGUUGUUCUGGGCGGGUUUGAAGCCGAAAUGGCCGUUCGACGUUCCUCCCAGACACCGUGACGCUAGCGCCCAAUACGGCUUAGCGGCCAAAGGGCGCCUUUCUCUCACACGACCGCCAGACCCCGUGACUUCUACCGAUGCUCAACUUUUCUCCAGCGGCCAAAAGUUCCCACGCGAUUCUCCCCAUCCGGACGAGCCAAUCCCCUCCACACGCCUUGGGCAAUCAUCCCCUUUCGUUCUCUCGAUUCCCUGUCGACAAUUUGCCUUAAGUCCCUUCCGCUUCUUCUCCCCCCCAGUUGCCCAGAUGAAGAGGGUGCAGCUCCUACGAUGGAGCAGUUCGGCCCUCCGAACGCCGCGGGCCCGGACUGGUGGUCGCCUGCAGCAACAUCUUUCUUACGGUCUUCGACACCAAUCGACGGCUGAAUCUUCAGCUCUUCCGGCUGAAAACGAGCAAUUGGGCAACGAGCAAUUGCUGGGAGCACGUCGGCCUCCGCCCCAUUCGAAAAGACAGCCCAGGCAUAUCCACCCUUCUCCCCCGGUCGAGGCCGCCCGGGAGUCCGCAAAACUUGCUGCGCUUCAUGCACGACUUUACCUUCCUUCGCGAUUACCUCUCGAGACCCUAGCACGCUCUCUCGUGGACCCCUCGGCCGAUCCCAACCCCAGUUUCAACAAUGAAUCAUUGGCCACGCUUGGUCAUGACCUCCUUAGCCACUACACGACCGAACACCUCCUUUGCUCAUACCCUCGCCUUCCUCUCACGGUCAUCUUCGCCGCCAUGUAUGCGUACGUUGGCCCGAAAUCACUCGCAGCGAUGGCAAGAGAAUGGGGUGUUGAAAUGGCGGUGUGUCCGGGCGGCGAGGUCGACCCUGGCCUGCUGCAGUUCAAGAGAGUCCUCCCUGGCACCGACCUGGACGCGGAGCCUCUCACCGGCACCGCGAGGCCCAAUGAGCACCGAAAGUCGUGGAGAAAGUCGGUCACCUCCCGCGUGGUCUACGACAAUGAAUUCGGCGAUCCGACCAAGGCGUCCGGCGAGGAGACUGCGAACGCUCAGGGCGUCACUGCCGAGCAGGCCAACGCCACGUUUGUGCGGGCCGUGAUGGGCUCGAUUUACCUGCACGCCGGCCGACCCGCGGCCAAGCGCUUCUUCGAGCAACACUUCCUCUCGCGACACCUCAACAUCUCCGAAUUGUUCAAUUUCCAACAGCCAGCUCGUGACCUAUCUCGCCUGUGCGCGCGCGAAAACUUCGAGCCGCCCGUUGCGAAGAUCAUCAGCGAAACUGGUCGUAAGAGCAGACACCCCGUGUUCAUCGUUGGCAUCUACUCCGGCAAGGAUAAGUUGGGCGAGGGCGCUGGCGCCAGUCUACUCGAGGCUCGCUCCAGGGCUGCUGUGGCCGCCCUUAAGGGAUGGUACCUAUAUAGCCCCUUGAACGUGCGGGUCCCCAGCUCGAUGGAAGAGGAGGGAGCCGCUCCUUGGAAACCUGUCCAUGUCGACUUGGGUGAGGUUAUUGUAUAA